CAAAGUACAGCAAACGGCAGCGUUUCGUUAAACCCCUUUACCCUAAAGCCCUCCUCUCCCCCGUCGUCUCGUCUCGUCUCAUUCUUCCCCCCAACGAUCGGCGGAAAACCUGAACCCCAGAAGCGGCGGAGAUGGGGAGGUCGCGAAGAAAAUACAAGAAUUCGAGACCGAAAGUCCGGGUGGGGCUCCCGAAGAAGAACCCUAGGAUCGUCAAACCCGCUUUUAACCUCCCCCCCAAGCUCCGCUCCCUCCUCCAAGAAUCCGUCUCCGACGCCGCCGGCGGAGUCAAGUGGGACGAAAAGGGUACUGUCAUCAAGAACUACAAGUCCUUUGGCGUCGUCUCUAACCCUAACCUGCUCGGAGUCCGGUCCCGCACCUCCCACAUCGUCGAGAGCGACUCUCUCCAGGUCCCGCCCCCUCAGCCGUUGGAUGUAUCCGACGCCGGUGUCUCGGAGUUUGAGCCUAUCGACUCCGGCAGCGAUCUGGAAGAAGACGAUCUGAAAUCAGCCCUGGGGAAGAAGCGAAGGGAUGGGAAGUCUGCACCUUUGCAGCCACUUACAGCAAUGCAGCGCUUCCACGUUGGCCGAUUGAUUGAGAAACAUGGGGAUGACUAUCAGGCAAUGUUCAUGGAUAUAAAGCUGAACACGAUGCAACAUACGGUUGCUACAUUGAAGAAGCUAUGUGAAAGAUUUCACAAGCAUAAGAACAGAAAUCCUGUGAUAGUGUCCCGUUAAGAAUUGGCCACUUUUCUUGGAUGGUAGUUAUGAUAUCAUUUGUCGUUUAAGCGGCGACUGCCGAGUUUAUGUAAUUUUUCAAGGUUAUUUUUAUGCAGUUUUGUGACUGGAACUCCUUGUACUUUGAAACAGCUGAUCUAUACAUCAAUCUUCUGCUUGAAUGCAAAGAGUUGUUCAUUAA